GGAAGAUUUGCAGUAGAUAAUGCCACCCUAAAUCGAUUCUUUCCAAUUCAUUUUCUACUACAAUUUGUAACAAUUGCUCUAGAAGUAAUUCAGCUUCUCUUUCUUCAUCAAACAGGAUCAAAUAAUAUGAUCUUAAGUAAUGAAAACUAA